UCGGAAUUUGCAUUUCCGCUACAGACGAGGAUUGACGUUCUUUUCUAGCAAAAUGGCUCCGAAACCGAAGCCCACGGAAAAGGCAGGUAAGCCUGCAGAGAAGAAGACAGAGAAGAAAGCUGAGAAGAAACCAGCCACAGCAGCAGCGUCUACUUCGAAGGUGACAAAGCCUCCUGCGGCUAAGCCUGUGCUUAAGCUUGCCAGCAAGCCGUUGAUUAGCAAACCCAAGAAGAAUGUACAGGCUACCAAAAAGACCCCGAAGGGUGGAAAGCCAGCGGCUCCAGUUCAGAAGGCUCUCAAGGCUCAGAAGAAGAUCUUGAAGGGAGUUCAUGGCUCCAGGGUGCGGAAGAUUAGGACGUCCGUUCACUUCCACAGGCCCAAAACUUUCAGGCCACCUAGGAAUCCCAAAUACCCGCGUAAAUCUGUGCCGAACAGAAAUCGUAUGGACGCGUUCAACAUCAUAAAAUUCCCAUUGACAACGGAAGCGGCGAUGAAGAAGAUUGAAGACAACAAUACCUUAGUCUUUAUCGUGCACGAUCACGCCAACAAAUAUCACAUCAAGGCAUCGAUUAAGAAACUUUACGAUGUUGAUGUAGCAAAGGUGAAUACUUUGAUGAGGCCGGACGGCAGAAAGAAGGCAUACGUGCGCCUAACGCGCGAUUAUGAUGCGCUCGAUGUCGCCAACAAAAUCGGCAUCAUAUAAUUUCUAUCUCACUUUUUGUUUAAAAAUAAAGUAACAUCUUGUACUGAUAUAAUAAAAAGAUAUCAAUACGGAGAAA